AUGGCGCCGCACACAACCGAGCACGCGCGUCUUCUCCCCACCAAAGCGUCUCCAAGUCCUCGUCGACCGUACCGCUCCAUCAUCCUCAGCGUCUGUUCCUUCAUCCUCGUGACCGAGUUCUGCGAACGUCUGGCCUACUAUGGUCUCUCCGGGUCAUUGCCUAUCUUCUUCCAUCGCAACUUGGGCCUCAGAGGCAUUAAGCCCAAUGUCGUCGUGCUCGGAGCGGACCAAUUUGACGUGUCGAUUCCUGCGCAACGCGCGGAGAAGGACAGUUUCUUCAAUUGGUUCUACUGGGCCAUUAACAUUGGCGCGACCUUCAGCUACGGCGUGCUCACGAACUUGGCCGUGAAUGGCCUCCCCGCCCUACAUCUCGCCUGA